AUGUGCAAGCACAAUGCAGUGGAGAAGAUCAGGAAGGCCAUCAAGAUGCACAGGGAGCUUAAAUCCUGUUCGGGCAUUGAGGAGCUGAAGGUUGGUUCUGUGGAGGAGUUUCAAGGCCAGGAGAGGAAAGUGAUCAUUGUGUCAACUGUUCGCAGUGACAAGAAACACAUAAUUUUGGAUGAAACAUUCAGCAUUGGGUUUCUGAAGAAUGAGAAGAGAUUCAAUGUGGCAGUGACGAGAGCAAAAUCCCUGCUCAUCAUGGUGGGAAACCCCAUCAUUCUACAGACAGACGCAACCUGGGGCAGAUUUAUUCAUUACUGCAUUGAGAAGGGAGGUUAUACUGGAUAUGAUAUUUCCAAUUUGGAGGAAACAGAGGCGGUUGUUGAGCGCCUGCUCGCUCUAAACAUCCAUGAGGAGACCAUAGUGAAAACAGAGGAGAGUGUGGUCCAGCAAUAUCUGAAUCCUGAGUGGAGACAUGACCAUUAAAUGAAGUGCUAUUGUUAAAGCGCCUCCUAGUCAGGCCACUCUCAUUAGCAUA